CGCGUAACUUCUCGUGGAGCGCGCAGCGCGUGAAGUCUAUCACUUGAUCGCGCGUUGUUGUUACUCGUUUUUAGUGGCGGACGGGAUCGAGUCGGCCGACGGCUCCCACUCGCUCGUGUCCCUCGAGACCGUGCGGGAGCGAGCCCCCCGCGUCGAGGUGAAGACUCCUUCCAUCGCUCGUAUCCUCGAGGCUCCUUCCUAGCUCGCUCGAACGGCACGCUUCUCCGCGGCCAUGCCCACGCUGAUGCAACCGUCGGACAUCACGCUGUUGAGCGACGAGGGCGACGAGACGGACGUCGGAUUCGAUCAGGACGCACUGAUGCAUCAUCAGGAUUCGCUGCACCACCAGGAUGCGACGCAGAGCCGGGAGCGUAACAAGCUGCUGCUGCGUAAGCUGAGCCAGACCCGCGAGCGGGAGCGCGGCAAGGAGCGCGACCAGGAGCGCGAGAGGCUGCACCAGUUGCAGUCGAUCAACAAUCUGCUGCUCGACCUGCCCACGCCGCCGUCGCCGUCGCACCUCCCGAAUUUCUCGCAGGACACCUCCUCCUCCCAGUCGGACAAGAACGUCAGUACUGACGGUGACAGCGCAAUCUCGGAUAUGUUCGGGCUGGGCUUGCCUCGAGGAUCCCUGAUGGGAAACCAAUCGACGAUCGGCUCGUCGAGCUAUCGUAAUUAUCAGUAUGGCAGUUACGAUCAAAUGCAGGGAUCUAUUUCACAACAACAUGAGUGUCAUCGGAGUCACGGCUUCUGCUCGAAUACCUCUGGCCUGGAUAUUCCGAGCUCACCGAAUUCGAUGACCACUCCCGGCAGUCCGAGCACACCCGGUAGCUUCACCUCGGAUCCUUACAGUUACUCGUCCACUGCCAGCAACAGCACGAACACGCCGUCCUCGCCAACCAGCCGACCGUCGUUCCAAUAUCCGGGCUCUUCGUCUUCGCCUACCGACUCGUACUUCGGCCGUCCUAUACGAGGCUGCUCUACACCAUACAGUGAAUGUGGCAGCCCAACAUUGGAAUUCUCUCAUCUUCUGGGAUGUAACGGCUCGCGUUCCAACUCACCGGCAGACUCGGAGACAAGCGGCAUUGGUAGCGCGGAUGGCUCCAUAUCCGACAUAAUAAUGAAUUGUUUGUCUCUGAAUUCCUCGUCGAAUUCUUGCUUCCCGCCGUCUCUGGACUCCAUAAUAUCGAAAACGAAUACAUGCCCGAGCAACAGAACGGCGUUCGAGCGUCUAGCUGUAAAAAAAUACUUGUCAUCGUUACAACAGAACUCAACGAGCUCGCAUUAUUACCAGCAUCAUCACGGACUCGGGCAAAAUCGCAGCAAUUUUCUUAAUUCUCUCUUGAAUCACGAGAAAAAUUGCUGCACCGGUCUUGGAAAUGCUGCGCGCAGAUUGGCCCAACCAGUGUCGCUCGAUCGGGUAGCGAGGUCCCACCGAAGUGCCGCUGCACAUUGUUAUCCAACAUGUACAUGGAGCGGUUUUCUGCCUCAAAGCACCGAGGAGCCAGUCGCAUACUCUCCCAAGGUAUUUUUGGGAGGUGUACCGUGGGACGUUACGGAAGCUAUCUUAAUUUCAACAUUUAAGCAAUUCGGGCCGGUUCGCGUGGAGUGGCCUGCAAAGGCUCCGUCCGCACAGCCAAAAGGAUACGCUUAUAUCAUAUUCGAAUCAGAGAAACAGGUUAGGGCAAUGUUGUCCUGCUGCACCCAUGAUAUUACCAAUGGAAAGAGAUGGUAUUACAAAAUUAUAUCCAAGCGUUCAAAGCCGAAAGAUGUACAAGUGAUUCCAUGGAUUCUCGAGAACAGCAAUUACAUCAAAUCGUCGUCACAGAGACUCGAUGCACACAAAACGGUAUUUGUUGGCGCGCUACACGGAAUGUUAACGGCCGCAGGAUUAGCGAAAGUCAUGGACGAUCUUUUCCAUGGAGUUAUUUACGCAGGUAUCGACACGGACAAAUAUAAAUAUCCAAUAGGGUCCGGCCGUGUUACAUUCAGUACGAAACAAUCCUAUUUUAAAGCGAUCACCGCUUCAUUCAUAGAAAUUAAGACUGACAAAUUCACAAAGAAGGUACAAGUGGAUCCGUACAUCGAAGAAUCGAUAUGCUCCGUAUGCGUUGUGCAACAAGGACAUUAUUUCUGCCGCGAUGUGGCAUGCUUCCGAUACUUCUGCCGCAGCUGCUGGCAAUGGCAGCACUCCGUGGACUCGAUGUCGCAUCAUACACCUCUGACGCGAAACUCGAAGACGAAUCAAGUUAUAGGAUUGAAUCCGAAUUUCGGAAUGAACAACUGUCCCCGUAUGUCAAAUACGACGAUGAUCUAAAAGGGAGGCGACGCGCGAAGAAGAUCAUGUACACGUACGCGCGACCGUUAAAAAAAAAAAGCUUUUUGUUCGCGCGCCCGUCGUCUUCCUCCUCCUUUUUGUUCCUUUUUGACUCUACCGGUUAAACCGACGUUGCGCCGCUCGAUCUAGAACAUCGGGUAACAGGGUGCAGACUUAGUUUUUUUUAUCGCGUAGCCGCGGACAGCUUAGGGAUUAGUCCGACGAUACGGGGACACGCCGAUUCACAGGCCGCCGAGCUUUUGAGCUUGCGAACGCGCAACGAUUGGUUCAUUAUCGUUACCGUGCGUGCGAAAGGACAAGAUGUAAUGUUGAAAAUCGUAUUUGUUCCAAAAGAAGUUCCUAUUUGCGAACGCAGUUUUUACUACGUUCGAGAAAAAAAAAACGAUAUAUUUUUAUUUAGUACGUUCACUUAGAGAGACAGGUUCUCUUAUCGAUUUUUUUUUACCGCUAAAUAAUAUUAUCGUGCCAAAGUAGUAGGUGCUAGGGAUUAUGGUGGCCGCGAUUAUUCGUGCAUUAGGAAUACGCACAUGUACACAUACACGUGUAUACACAGUUUUUUUCGUUAUGAGUCGUGAAAGUUGUAAUUGUGACUUUCACAGUGACAAUAAUUUUUUACGCGAGACUGUAAGGGCUCCGUUAUGGCGAUUUUUUGAGCUGGGCUCAAUGAAAAAACACGUUUCUCAGGAAAUCUAUAAUAGCAUCGUCCACCAUCAUGCGUUUAUCGUGUUUAAAAGUAUUAUACGCUUAAUUAUGUAUCCUUACGAUAAUGCUAGAAGAGAUUAUUCAUCUGAGAUGUGGCGAGAUAAUAAUUAUACGAUAAUUAUUUGUCACUAUUACACUGCGCGCGCGUGAUCCGAUAGUAAAUGUGAUAUAACGGGAGGCUUACCGGAUGUACCAUAUAUAACUCGCUAGUCGUUCUUCCAUUAUGCGAUACUUGUCAAUGACGUUAAACAUUGUUAAUUUUACGUUAUAUUACAAUGUAUCUUCUACAUUCGAUUGGCGGUGUAACGUAAACGUACGUGUGUUGCGUUAUUGACCACUGAUCGACUGGAUUUUUUUCUAUUAUUGGCCGAAGCGAGCGGCUAGCUGUCACAGAUAUUUCGCUCACAUGGACUGUUUAACGGUUGACGAAUAUGGAGAAGUACAUGGUCUACGAUUCUGGCGCGGAUUGUAGGGUAAUUGAGUCGUUUUUAUUUUUUUCUCCUUUUUUUUUCUUACUAUGUACAAUUGUGUUGCACAACUUCUUUGAAUAAGGUUUAUCCUUCACUCGCGUUUCUCCCGUUUUGAUACAAUUUUGUUGAAUUAAAAAACAACCAGAUUUUUGCAGAUA